ACCCCCAAGCUCUUCUCCUCCCGCCAUUGCUCACUUAAUUUCAAAAUUCCUAACACAGUGCUCUGUGUUCACUUCUCUGAAAACACUGAAAAUCAUGGUUGUUGCACAGAAAUUGAAGGAAGCAGAGAUCACUGAGCAGGAUUCUCUUCUUCUGACAAGGAACCUUCUCCGUAUUGCCAUAUUCAAUAUUAGUUACAUCAGAGGACUUUUUCCAGAAAAAUAUUUCAAUGAUAAGUCAGUUCCAGCCUUAGAGAUGAAGAUCAAGAAGCUUAUGCCAAUGGAUGCAGAGUCACGCAGGCUGAUUGAUUGGAUGGAAAAAGGUGUUUAUGAUGCAUUGCAAAAGAAAUACCUGAAAACGCUUAUGUUCUGUGUGUGUGAAGCAAUAGAAGGCCCGAUGAUUGAAGAAUAUGCAUUUUCUUUCAGUUAUUCAAAUUCUGAUAGUCAAGAGGUUUCAAUGAAUGUCAAUCGCACUGGAACCAAGAAGGGAGGAACAUUCAAGUGUAACUCCGCAACUGAAGUUACUCCCAAUCAGAUGAGGAGCUCUGCUUGUAAAAUGGUCCGUACGCUGGUGCAAUUGAUGAGAACUCUAGAUAGGAUGCCAGAAGAGCGCACUAUACUGAUGAAACUCCUCUACUAUGAUGAUGUGACGCCAGUGGACUAUGAACCUCCUUUCUUUAGGAGCUGCACUGAAGAAGAAGCUCAUAUCUCAUGGAACAAGAAUCCUUUGAAAAUGGAGGUUGGGAAUGUGAACAGCAAACAUCUCGUAUUAGCUCUCAAGGUAAAGAGUGUGCUUGAUCCUUGUGAGGAUGAAAACGAAGAUAUCCAAAAUGAUGAUGUGAGUUUGGGAGCUGAUUCUGUACAAAGAGAUGAGUAUUCUGAAUCUGACAGUGAGGUUAACCUUUCGCAAAGGGACCAAUAUAUUGUUGCACCAGUAGAUAAGCAGAAGCCACCUGAAGACACUGGUAUGGUUGAUGAAGAUGAUACCCAGGAUUCGGUGGAAGAUGAACAACAAUUGAGCCGGGUGAAGGAUUGGAUCAGCUGUUGCCACCUUGACACCAUUGAACUCACAGAUGUUCUGUCAAAUUUUCCCGACAUCUCAGUGGUUUUGACUGAAGAAAUUAUGGACAAGCUUGUUAAAGAAGGUGUUCUAUCAAAAACUGGAAAGGACGCUUACACCAUCAAGAGGCAGAAGGAAUGUGAGUAUGAAUUUGAUGCUGUGAAAGAAGAAAUGGGUGCUCAAGCACUUCCUAUUAAUGAUAAAGUUGACCAGGCUAUGGGAGAGGAUCACAUGUACAUGAAGGCUUUGUACUAUGCUCUUCCGAUGAACUAUGUGACAGUUCCUAAGCUUCAAAACAUGCUCCAAGGACAAGCCAAUCAGACUACUGUGCGCAAACUAAUUGAUAGAAUGACCCAAGAUGGAUUUAUUGAUGCUAAAAGCAACCGAAGGCUAGGAAAGCGCGUGAUCCAUUCUGAUCUGACUGAGAAAAAGCUAAUUGAAGUCACAAAAUCCUUGAACAAUGAAGCUAUGGAUUUGGAUGUCAGUGAGCCACAUGACAACUCCAACCAUCUAGGAUUUCACACAAACGGAAGCAACCUCAAGGACAUGUCCACAUGCGGUGUCCUCCACUCCAUUGGAUCAGAUCUCACGCGAAUGAGAGGCAGAUCAGACGUAUAUCAAAAUGGCUCAAUUAGGAGCGAGCAGACCAUUUCAAAGACACUGGGGCAGGGGAACACUCCCACGAGCAGGGUUGAGCCAAUAGCUUCAAGAGAGAGCUUUGCACCAGGGAGUGACAACACCAGAGCAAAUGGAAAUACAAAUUACGGUGAUGAGGUGGAUGCCAUUAUCUGUAGUAGGUCCACCCAAGACAAGAGAUCCAGGAAAGCAAGCACGGUGAAGGAGCCUAUCCUUCAAUACCUGAAGCGCCGGAAAGCUCAAGCUAUCUGAAAAGCUUUGGUCCUGUAAUGCCACUGGAGGACUUUUCUUAUUCAUUUCCCGAAUAUAAAAAGGGAUAUCAAUAGUGAGAAAAAAAAAUGACAUAAACAUGAUAGGUAGUCACAUUCCCCUCCAAAAUCCUGUAAGGCACUUUACGAACGCCUUUGUCCAUACACUUACACUACAUGGAGGAUAAACAAGGUAAAGGCCACAGGAAGUGUCAAUAGAAAUUGAUAAACAGAACUAUCUGGUACCAUUC